GCCUCCGUGCAGACGGAAAAGGAGGUGCGCAGUGUCAGUCGAGCACGGCGGGUGCAACGAGUGAGUGCACUCGCACUGAACGCGCCUCGCGAGCAUGCCAUGGCCUCGGAGUUCUCGCCGAACUGUUUGGGGUGUUCUCACCCUUUUCACAGUUCUGCGCUUCGGAGUGCUGUCGGUGAAGAUCACGCAACUGAAAGUGCCGCGUCUGGUGCAGAACGGCUCGGACGUGACCCUCGACUGCGAAUUCCAGGUGGAGCCGCACGAGUCGCGGCACCUCGAGCUGGUCGUCAAAUGGUUCUUCGGCGGCGACCCUGAGCCCGUGUACCAGUGGAUUCCGGCGCACGGGCGGCCGCAGGGUCUGGGCCUGCUCAAGGGCCGCCUCGACCUCAACUACGGCACCCGCAACGAGCGGGGCAGCGCCGGCAUUCGCAUCGUCGGCGCCACCACAGAGCUCACCGGCGACUACAAGUGCUCCAUCUCGACCUAUGACGGCGAAGACUUCAUGAUCAAACCGAUGAUUGUCUUUGCGCCUGAAACAAAUAUGUAUCUGCAGUAUGGCCGCCCUGCGGAGGACACUUUCAACAUAAGCUGCGUCGCUGAAGGAGUUUUCCCGGAGCCAAGGAUGUUCCUUUAUUACGCGCGACCCGACGUCAAAGACAAGACGGCGAUCAAGGCGGCGUCCCUUUGCGAAACGCAGCAGCGGGAGUAUCCGAUGGAAGGGGUGACGGUGGAGACUGGCCGAAGGGGAGACUCGUUCACCACCAGGGCCUCGGCGGAAGUCGAGGACUUGGAGCACUUUCUCGGCGCCAUCCUCUUCAUCUGCGAGUUGAGAGUGCCGCAAACCGAGUAUUGCCAAAGAAGGGCCAUCAUGUACCUACCAGGAGGCGACGACGAGAGUCAUCAGAUUGACGCCGAGGGCGGAAGUGGAACCGCCGAGCUCAAAAUUUCUGCCCUAUUGGUUGCUGUGAUACCAACUGUAACAAUAUUGUAUCAUAAUUUUUAAAGUGAUUUUAAAUACGAGUAAAUAAAAUACGAUUUCAGAUUAUUUUGCAUAGGAACUGA